CGCUUCGCGGCUGUCGAGGGCAAUGGAUUUCUGGCUAAGGGGAUCACAAUUGAAAAUUUUUCGGGGUCAAGCAAGCAGCAGGCCGUGGCUUUCCGGAGCAACUCAGAUAAGUCAGCAUUCUUCCAGUGUAGCUUCUUGGGAUACCAAGAUACGCUCUGUGAGGACGGUGGUCACCAGUUUUAUCGCGACUGCGACAUAUACGGGACGGUCGAUUUUGUAUUUGGAGAUGCGACGGUAGUAUUCCAAAAUUGCAACCUGUUCGCACGCAAGCCAGACGAGAAACAGAAGAAUGUGUUCACCGCCCAGGGCCGACAAAAGUUGAACGUGCUUACCGGGAUGUCGUUCCUCGGCUGCAACUUCACAGCCGCACCAGACCUUAUCCCUGUACAGUCGUCCUUUCAGACAUUCCUGGGCCGUCCAUGGAAGGAGUUCUCGACAACGGUGAUAAUGCAAUCGUACAUCGACGACCUGGUCGACCCAGCGGGGUGGUUGGAGUACAACGGCACGGUUGGGCUGAACACGCUCUACUAUGGGGAGUACCAGAACAGAGGCCCGGGUUCAAACACGAGCGGCCGAGUGAAAUGGGCCGGGUACCAUGUUAUUAGCAACUCGACAGUGGCAAGACAGUUCACUGUGGACUCUUUCAUUCAAGGUAGCCAGUGGCUCAACGACACCGGUUUUCCUUAUUAUCCAGGUCUGGAUUAGUGUAAAUACUAUGUAAUGUCGAACUUUGAUGAUAGAGAACAUAGCUCUAGGUUCUGGGUUUUUAAUUGUGGAUUGGACAGAGACUCUAGAAGCGAAAGAAGGAAAAGGAAAAGGACAGAGACUUGGCUAUAGCUUUAGGUUCUGAAAUCUAAUGUCGUAUUUCUGUGAAAAUUGGCAUCGA